AAUAAGAUAGAUCAAGAUCUGAGCCGGGCGUUAGCGACGAGUUAUUCCCAGCGCGGAGUCUGCGGGCGCGGGGCGGAGCGGGGGCGGCUCGCCCGAGUUCAGUGUGUCGGCGCGCGCCGCCGCCGCCAUGGGCAACCACCAUUCCGCCGCUAACGCAAGCAGAACCAGGAAGAAUGUCCACUGGAAAUCGGCAGGCCGGCCGUCGCCCCCCGGCAAACCGGAUAUAAUUCCGAUCCUGUCCGACGACGAGCCCAAUGCCGUGACUCUUCGCUGGGCGCCGGCGGCCCACGACGGGGGCGCGCCGCUGCGGGGAUACCAGGUGGAGUGCAACCGCCUGGGGUCGACGGAGUGGGUCCGGACCGCGCCCCCCGUAGUCCUGCGGCCGGAGCUCGUCCUCAGCGGCCUGGACCCGCCCCACCGCUAUCAGUUCCGUGUCGCCGCCGUCAACGCCGUCGGCCGGUCCGAGUACAGCGACCUCUCCGACGUCCUCACCGUCAACUCCGAUCGCCCCUCGUCGUACGAGCCCCCGGUUUUCCUCCAGCACCUCGAGGAUGUCGUAACGUUGGAGAACGAUAAAACUGAAUUUCGCGCGACCUUCACCGGCUCCCCGACUCCCACGAUCUCCUGGUUCAAAGACGACUACGAAAUAUUUAGCAGCAGAAGAACGGCCAUUUCGACGACCGAAUCCACGAGUGUACUCGUCUUCCACCAGACCCUGCCGAGUGACGAGGGAGAAAUAAAAUGUACGGCGACCAACCGAAUGGGUCACGCCGUCACGAAGGCGCGCCUGUCUCUGGAGGCGGCCCCGAAACUCCGCUACCCGCGACAGUAUGAGGACGGGUUGCUAUACGAAAUAAACGAAACUGUAUUCCUGAAGACUUCGAUAGUCGGCAAACCCACUCCGACUAUAGAAUGGCGGCACGACGGUCAACCGAUUACGGUCAAUGAACGAGUUCAAGUAACUAACACUAGCAAAUUCUCGAUGCUGAAGAUUCAUUCGGCUCGUAGAAGCGAUCGAGGGGAGUAUCAAAUACUGGCGAAGAAUAAUAUCGGAGAGGACACUGCCUCCUUCCUCGUCACUAUAACGGCCCCGCCGGAUCCACCCAGAAACGUCUCCGUGACACGUCAGGUAGACAAAUCUGUAACUCUAGACUGGGAAACCCCGGAGGACGACGGCGGCUGUCGAAUCGGAAACUACAUCGUCGAGUACUACCGCAGCGGCUGGAACGUGUGGCUCAAGGCUACGACGAGCCGAAAAACAAACGUGACGCUAUUCGAUCUGAUAGAGGGUAGUGAAUAUAGAUUUCGAGUUAAAGCAGAAAGCCCGUACGGUAUGAGUGCGCCGAGUGCCGAGUCGGCGCCUAUCAAGAUCCCCGGUCGGUCUGUGAACAUGGAGUUUCUGGAGGUCGAGUCGAGGAUAAUCAACGACGUGUUGACUAGAGAGGACGGCGAAGAGUUGCCCGUGUCUCCGGUGCCGAGACGGAAGCGGGCAUCGGCCUCGAGUACCCCUGCUCUAGAGUCGGCCCCUGUCUCUCCCGUGCCACGUAAACAACCGCGUUCAUCUCCGUCGAGGGAAUCUGAGAACAACGAGUUUAUGCUGGUACUCUACCCCGAAAACAACAAAGCAGCAGAAAAGGCUGAAAAACGAAAAUCUUUCCAACUGGACUUGGAAGACGCUCUGUCGCCGCCACCGAUUUCAUUAUCAGCACCCGAGCUUAGUUCCCGACAAGUUGGUUCAUUCAGACCACUGCGACAUGCCGUCAGUUCCACCGAGCUGCUCCACGAGCGGGCAAUGGCUCGAUUUUACAAAGUCGCCGCAAUGAGAGAAGAAAGAUCAAAAGUCAAAGACAGUAAAGUAAUAAUUAAUAAAGAAAAUCACAUUCCUAAUCAUACCAACGACCUAAAUAAUAAAACUAAAAUAGAAACUCCAAAACCGACCAGUGUUAUACAGAAAAAAGUACCGGAGAUAUUUGUAAAAACCGAAUCUGUUGAAAGCAAAGACAGCAAUUCUCAAAAAUCGUCUGAAGUCAAAACUAGUAAUACAGACAUACCACAAAAAUUGGGACCAAGAUGGCAGAGUAUGUCAUUUGAUGAAGACUAUACAGCAAGUACCGUAUCAACUGAUGGUGAUUACUCUGAAGAAGAAGAAGAAGGCAGCUUAAACGAAGACGAAGAAAGAGCGAACUACUAUGCUGAUGAGGAAGAAACUUAUAACCCACGAAACAAAGUACCUACGUCUAUUUCUGCGACGUCGUUAGAAAAGGAACAAGAGAUAGAAACAGAACCUUUAAAGCCUCUACCAUUACCAGAUCCAAAUUUCGUACCAAAGCCGAUAUUAAAGAAGAAAGGAACAGACAUUAUAGACGUAAAACUGCAAAAUAGUAUGUCCAAAAAUACGUCAGACGAUAGGAAUGAAAGAUUAGGCGAUAAAGGAAAGAAGGACGAAAAAUUAACACUCUUUAAGAAAUUUACUAAGAUGCCAGUUCAAAAACCAUUUAGCUUGCCAAAACUACGAAAGAAAGAAUCAAAUAAAAGUCAAGAAAACAAUAAUCAACAAGUAGACGAUAAAAAGGUAGUUAAAGAAAAUAUUAUCAAAAAGGAAGAUAUUAAUGAUGAAGGCAAGACAGUAAUUGAUUAUUACGGUAAUAUAGUUAAGGAAUACGGAGGCCAAAGAAAGCAAAAUACUCCACUUUAUUUAAAUACUGAGGAUUUGAAGAAGGUAGCUGAAAAUCAAGAACUAGAAAGCACUAUGAAUAUAGUGAAAGAAAGAAAUGAUAAAGUUGUGAACAAAGCGUCACCGAAAAAAGUCGUCAAAAAACAAAAAGAAAACAGUUCAAAGGAAGACUCAAAACAAUCGUUAAACAAACCCAUUAAGUCUAACGUUAAAAAGGUGGUAAAUGUGAAAGAUAACAAUAAAAUUACUACAAAUCCUAAACCAAAAAUAACUAAAAAAGAAGAUAGACCAAAAGCCAAUAAUACUAUCGAUUUAAAACUAGCUGAGAAAACACAGGUUGUUCUUACAACGACAGAGAGGGCUACAAUAGUAAUACCUAUUGACUACAAGAAACUAGAACAAAAGGCCAAAAUGAAUGUCCGAACUGCAAUAGAUUAUACGGUGGAUGUUUAUAAUAAUAUGUUGCAAUCUAGACAAGGAUUCAGGUGCAUUCGAUUUAUAUCACAAUUUAGAGCACAACCUACUGAUUGCAUACCCUUUAUAGCACCUCGUAAAAUAAUUGAUCCAGCGGCAUGCACAUCUCGUGAUAAAGGUCUCGUUCUUGGAGUAUACGACAACGAGGAUUUGCAUAAUGAAAAACCCCUGCUUACUCGGAGUGCCCAAAAGUAUGACAAGCUAUGUAAUGGUAAACUAUGGAAGCAGUUAAGUUUAACUCCUAUACCUAAAUUGGGAAAGUAUAGAGUUUUCUACGACUUAGAAGAAUCGUUUGCUUACGUAGCAGUCGCAGGGCUCGGAUCGCAGGGCAUAUGUAACGAGUUGGAGCAAAUGAACGAAAUGAAAGAAGCGAUACGUACCGCAGCUGCAGUAGGAGCGGCGGCUUUGCAAAAAUUUAAGCCUUCCACUAUACACCUGGAGUCGUUUGGGGACGCUGAGGUUUCAGCUGAGGGUGCCCAACUCUCUAUAUGGAAAUUUCGAGAAUACAGACGAGCUUCGUCCAGCGAAGUCAUUCCCGCGCCUAAACUCGAACUAUACGACGACUGCAAUUUCGACGGCUGGAAAAAGGGUCAACUUAAAGCAGAGUCUCAAAAUCUAGCUCGAUACUUGCAAGAAAUGCCGGCUAACAUAUUAACUCCGACGGCUUUCGCAAAGAUAGCCGUCGAUUUGUUAUGCGAACUCGACAUCAACGUAGAGGUUAGAACGCGGGGCUGGGCAGCGAGUCGCGGCAUGGGUGGGUUCGUUGCUAUCGGGCAGUCAUCUAUACAACAACCGCUGUACGUGGAAGUGAGCUACUACGGAGCAUCCGCCUCUGAUAGGCCAGUGGUUCUAAUCGGAAAAGGCGUGACAUUCAACAGCGGGAGUAUAGAUUUGAAACCACCCGAGGAAUUGCGGUUCAUGAAAGGCGACAUGGCCGGGGCGGCGUGCGUAUUGGCGACGAUACGGGCAGCGGCUAAUAUGAAAUUGCCCAUAAACAUACGAGGCAUCCUCCCACUUUGCGAGCUGAUGCCGAGCGGCAAGAGUCCCAAGGUCGGUGAUGUGGUCCCGAGCGCCGGUGGGAAGACAGUUCUGAUAAGAUACCCCUCGCGAGAAGGUAGAUUGCUGAUUGCGGACAGUUUGAUAUACGCUAGGAGCUACUGGCCCAAAUAUAUCAUCGACGUGGGUACCAUAUCGAAGGAGCUGUGUCACUCGUUCGGCGAAGCGGCUUGCGCUUGCUACAGCAACUCAAAGGAGCUGGCGUAUCACAUGUUUAAGGCGAGUCACAAGACGGGGGACAGAGUGUGGCCUCUGCCGCUCUGGAGGCAGUAUGAGGACCGCAUAAAGGACACCGACACGGCAGAUAUAGCAAACACUGCUGUUGACAACUUCGGGGAUUCCCCGAACGGUGCAGCGUUCCUCAAGCAGUUCGUAUGCGACAGUAAAUGGUUACAUUUGGACACAUACAACGUCGCCUAUACUACGGGCAGAGAUUUUGCGUACUUACGCAGGGGCAUGACCGGCCGCCCCACUAGGUCACUCAUUGAACUUUUACACAAUAUACUGCCUAAAGAACAAAAUGAAGCCAAGAAAUGUUAGAACCACAUUAUGUACAUUUUUGUCUGUCAGUAACAUGUAACAAUAAAUUUAAAUAAACAUUUUAAAAAUGA